AUGAGUGUUGAUAUUUCGAGAUUGCACCUCAAAAGUGAGUCGGAUGACGCCUCCUCGGUUCAAUCCUUCCGCCAGGAUUACAUUGAUACUCCUUUCUCCGGAAAGCAGGAUCAGAUUGAACAGGUGGUGGACAUCUUAGACUCCACCGGUUUCAUCCCUGAGCCCUUGGUGGAGCUGGAAGCCAGAUGGUUCUAUUCCAGCUUGGGAAUUGACGAUGUGUUUUUCGCUCGUGAGUCUCCUGAGGGAAUUGCCUCCCACAUCCACUCCCUUUACUCUUGUAAGGUCCAGGCCUUUGCCUCGGACUUGAAGGUCUUGGACCAGCCAUUGAUCCGCUACAAGAAGGAGGCCGAGGAUCACGCUGUGUUUUUUGACACCAGCAUUCCAGGCGCCCCUUUUGCUCCUAACCGGUUCGAUGAACAGAUCGACGAGCGCUACAUCGAUCCUUCCUACGGAAAGAACUCCUACCGUCUUGAGUAUUUCUCUGCUCCUUUGCAUUACAGCAACGAUCCUAUUUUGGCUGGUGUCGCAGAGAGAUUCUCGCAAAGCAGCUCUAAUGCUGAUUUUGCCAAGCAGCACCUCAGAUGCCAUUUCAUCUACAGAACAAGCUUCACCUGUGAUGAGUGUGAUCCUAACGAGACUGACAUCGACAAGAUUGGUGAUGCUACCUUCUUGAAGAUUGCUUCGCCAAAGACCCGCUCUCUCUACUCUGACAUCAUCAAGAAGGUUAUCACCACGACUGGUCCUGUCAUUCAGCACUUCCCAAUUGAGGAGUCUGAGGAGUACAGAGUCGUCAUUGGUUACCGCCAAAAGACUUCUCCAAACUACAACUCUGCUCUCUCUGACUUGGCUGACUACUACAAGCUCACGACAACCAGAAAGUACGUGGAACAAUUCUCAAACGGUGUUACUAUCAUUUCCAUGUACAUCAAGGCUGGCCAUCUUGAGAACCACAAGAAGACUCCAAUUGACUUGCUGAUCUACCAAGUCAUCAAGGAGGCUUCCUUGUUGUACUGUAUUCCUCACAACUACUUCCACGACUUGUUUGUCAAGAACGAGUUGUCUUUGCAGGAAGGUAUCUACUCUCAGUGUGGUGUCAUCUUUGUUACACAUUUCUUGAACAGAUUGGGUCCAGAGUACACCAAAUUGACCUCGUUGCUUGAUCCAUCAAAGCUGCUUCAACACGCUGAGGUCUUGAACUCUUUGAAGAAGCGUUUGAGAGCUGAAACUUACACUCAAGACUACAUCAAGGAGGUCUUUGCCACCAGAAAAGAUAUCGUUCGUAAGUUGUACCGUCAAUUUGCGGAUGUUCACUACAUUAGAUCUUCCAUGGAGAAGACCUUGUCCUACCAAAGACUUUCCCAGAUUACGCCUGUGGGAACUGAGGCUGAGUUUGAUGCCUUGCUUAGCAGAGAGUGUGGCCAAAAUGAGCACCAUGCCAUUGUCUUGAAGGCCCUCUUCAUGUUCAACAAGUCUGUGGUUAAGACAAACUUCUACACUUCCACCAAGGUUGCCAUUUCCUUCAGAUUGGACCCAUCUUUCUUGCCAAAGAGUGAAUACCCAGAGACCCCCUUCGGUAUGUUCUUCAUUGUGGGAUCUGACUUCAGAGGCUUCCACAUCAGAUUCAGAGAUAUUGCAAGAGGUGGUAUUCGUAUUGUUCGCUCAAGAUCCGUUGAUGCGUACAACGUCAACGUUCGUAACUUGUUCGAUGAGAAUUACAACUUGGCUGCCACCCAGCAAAAGAAGAACAAGGAUAUUCCUGAAGGUGGCUCCAAGGGUGUGAUUUUGCUUGACCCAGGUGUGGCUCAGGAGACACCUAAAGCUUCGUUCGAAAAGUACAUUGACUCUUUGAUCGACUUGUUGCUCAAGCAACAUAUUCCGGGCGUCAAGGAGUCCUAUGUGGAUCUUUACAAGAAGCCUGAAAUUCUUUUCUUGGGCCCCGAUGAAGGAACUGCUGGCUACGUUGACUGGGCUGCACUUCACGCUAGAGGCAGAGGUGCUCCAUGGUGGAAGUCUUUCUUCACAGGUAAGUCUCAAAGAAUCGGAGGUAUUCCACACGACGAGUAUGGUAUGACAACCUUGUCUGUUCGUGCCUAUGUUAACAAGAUCUACGAAAAGCUUAACAUCGAUAAUGCCACUGUGAGAAAGUUCCAAACCGGUGGUCCAGAUGGAGACUUGGGAUCCAAUGAGAUCAAGCUUUCUCGUGACGAGAAAUAUGUUGGUAUUGUCGAUGGUUCGGGUGUCAUUGCUGACAAGAACGGUUUGGACAAGGCCGAGCUUUUGCGCCUCGCCAACGAGAGAAAGAUGAUUGAACACUACGACAAGUCCAAGCUCUCUAAGGAUGGUUUCAUUGUGUUGGUUGAUGACAAUGAUGUCACUCUUCCAGAUGGUACUACCGUUGCCUCAGGUGUCACCUUCCGUAACACCUUCCACAUCAAGCUUAAGGAAAUCUAUGGCUUGGAUGGUGUUGAUUUGUUUGUGCCAUGUGGUGGACGUCCUGCUGCUAUUGAUACCAACAAUGUCAUGGAAUUGAUUGAUGAGAAGACCGGUAAGUGCAUCGUUCCAUACUUUGUGGAAGGUGCCAACCUUUUCAUCACUCAGUCUGCCAAGCUCAUCUUGGAGAAAGCAGGCUGUGUCAUCUUCAAAGACGCAUCUACUAACAAGGGAGGUGUCACUUCCUCCUCGAUGGAGGUUCUUGCUGCUCUUUCAUUCGAUGAUAAGGGUUUCAUGGAGAACAUGUGUAUCAACAGCAGUGGUGUUAAGCCAGAGUUUUACGAGAACUAUGUGAAGGAAGUCCAGAGAAAGAUCGUUUCCAACGCCCAGAAUGAGUUCGAGGGUUUGUGGAACUUGAAGGCAGCCACUGGUGAGCCAAUCACUGAGUUGUCUGACAAGCUUUCCCAGUCCAUCAAUAAGUUGGCUGACGAGUUGGCCGGCUCCAAAGAGAUGUGGAGUGAUGAUCAAGCUUUCCGUAAUGCUGUUUUGAUCGACGCACUUCCUCCAUUGUUGUUGUCUGUCAUUGGAAUGGAGAACAUCUUGGAAAGAGUUCCCGAAACAUACUUGAGAGCCUUGUUCGCCACCAGUCUUGCAUCUAAAUUUGUUUACACAAGAGGAAUUGACUCCAACCCUGCUAAAUUCUUGGAGUUCAUUUCCUCGCUUCGCAAGGACUUCACUGCCAGAAGUCUUUUGUAA